CCUGUGAGCAGUAGUAGCAUAUGGUCUCCGGAAUAGCCACCAUGAACUCGACAAUAUUGGAUGUGUUUCAACGACAGCCAGCAGAUCCUGUACGACUGCCACUGUUGAGACCUUUGCCGGCCACUCUGAUUGUUGCGGUCUAUCUGCUGGUGGUGCUGAAGUGGGGCCCCCAAUUUAUGGCCAGCCGGAAGCCCUACAACGUGAGGAAGGCCAUGCUGGUCUACAACUUAUUCCAGGUUCUGAUGAACCUAACUUUGUUUGUACUGGCCUUCUACUACAUGUUUGUGAAACAAUCGUACGACCUUCGGUGUAUGAUCCUACCAUCGGAUCAUCCGGACAAGGGAGUCGAACGAUUGCUGUCCUACUCCUAUUUCAUCAAUAAGAUCCUGGACCUGAUGGACACACUGUUCUUCGUGCUGAGAAAGAGCUACAAGCAGAUCACCGUGCUCCACGUGUACCACCACGCCCUGAUGGUUAUGGCCACACCGAUCGUGGUUCACUUCUACGGUCCCGGUGGGCAGUACAGCACGAUGGGCAUCCUCAAUGUGUUUGUGCACGCGGUCAUGUACGCUUACUACUUCGUGGCCGCCCUCCACCCCCAGAUGAAGAACAAGCUGUGGUGGAAGAAGUACAUCACCAAGCUGCAGAUCGUCCAGUUCGUGAUACUCUUCUGUCAGGCCAUCCUGACCGUGUGGCUGAAUCCCACUUGCAACGUGCCCAUGCCCCUGCAGUAUCUCCAGGUGGCGGUGUCGUCCUCUAUGAUGGCCAUGUUUGGCAACUUCUACUACCAGACCUAUGUGAAAGUCAAGAGCAAGCCGGAAUGAGCAAUAAACUGUAGACGAUUCUCUUAAUUUCGUUUAGAAUUUAGAACGCGA